UAAGCCAUGGCACUUUCCGUGAAAGGGUUGACAUAGCCUAUAGGCUGAAUAUGACAGGUUGUGACAGGUCUUCAUAGACCUAGCUACAGUUUAGUUACCGGUUUAGUGAGCUGACAUCCUAAAAAUCAGAACGAAAUUGUGCGUUAACUCCACCUUCCCAAAAGAACGCCACUCACCGGAUAACUAAAGCUGACUAUUUUCAGUUCACUUCGAACCUCGCUCCUCCCAUUUCUAUCCUCAAAAGCGCGCAGUAGACUCGGGGGUCAAAACAUCAGCUUGAAACUAUCUCAUCGAUCCGAAGCUCUUUCUGCCACUGCCACUCCACACACCGGAUCGAAUGUCUUUUUCCCCGCAAACUAUGAUAGAGAAUAACCUAUAUUUUUAAAUGGCUUCACUGCCACUUGUCAAGGGACACGAUUAAAGUUCUUCGUCGACAACGUGGAUAAAAAAAGGAAUCAGAAGUUUGCUUUGAGAAAGUAAAACCUCCGGAGGGGUACAGGUUUUGAGCCGUCUCCCCUCCCUCCUGUCCCUCAUACAAUCCCUCCUAUAUCUCUCUCCAGGUUCUGUGGGGGCAGCAUGAUGACACCCACCCUCUUAGUGCUGCCAUCUCUUCUCCUCCUGUCCUGCAACUAUGUGGAACCACUGCCAACAGAUUGCCCAAAAGACUGCUCCUGCCCAACUCCAGAUUCAAUCUUCUGUUUCCAGCGCCGUGCACCUAUCAUGCCUUCUGGAGUGCCUGAACCCACUAAAAAUCUUUACGUAUUUCAGAAUGGCAUUGAGACACUGAAACAGGAUGACUUUACCAUGCUUAAUAAUUUGGAGAUGCUGGACAUGAGCCAGAACAAGCUCUCGGAACUUCCUGACAGAGUAUUCGUUCCAUUAACCUCGCUACGUAACCUGGACCUGUCUGCCAAUCAGAUUACACACAUUUCUCAGGAGAGCUUUGCUGGGCUGGAGCUUUUAGAAAGGCUUUACCUUUACAGCAACCUGAUCCAAACAAUUCAUCCUCAGGCCUUUGACGAUUUGGAGCAUCUACUUGAGCUCAAGCUGCAGGGGAACCAGCUGUUGUCACUACCUUGCCUAAAGAUGCCAAGUCUGCUGCUGCUGGACCUGCGCUUCAACUCCCUGCCUGUCCUGGGGCCAGGUGACCUACAGACUCCUAACCUAGAAUGCCUGAAGUUGGCUGGUCUGGGGUUAACAAGACUAGAUGAAGAGCUGCUGGGCGGGCUAUCCAAUCUCCAUGAGCUGGACAUCUCCAGUAAUAUGCUGAGCAUGUUCCCUCCAGUGCUGCGACAGGCUGGGGGGUUGAUUCGGCUAAGUCUGGCCGGGAACCCUAUGGAUCCCUUGCGCCUGGAGGACUUUGAACAGCUGGGAGAGCUACAAGAGUUGGACAUUAGCAACCUCAAGUUGCAGGGGUUUCCAGAUGGCUUCCAGCACCUUUUCCCCAACCUGAAGCGGCUUACUGUGGCUGAAAACCCCUUCAACUGCCUUUGCACACUGGCCUGGUUUCCUGGUUGGCUACGAAGCCAGCAGGUCACCCUUGGAAGAACACAAGAGACAAGGUGCCACUUCCCACCACUCAAUGCAGGUAAGGUGCUGGAGAGACUGGAACACAGGGACUUUGGCUGCCCGACCACCACAACCCUGACUCCUAGUACAGUGAAGACCACCACCAUCCAACCUUUAAUUCCCACCACUCUUCCUAGCACCACACAAGCAAUUCCUAGACCAGCACCUCCUAACCCCAGUCAGAUUCCCUUUACAGACAGCGACAGUAAUGAGCCCCCUCCCCCUGCACCCCCUUCUCCGAGUGAUGAUACAAACACCAACCAGGAAUUACUCCUCUGUCCCUCCAACAUCUGCCUGAAUGGAGGCAUCUGCCUUCUAGAUCAGCAGGGUCACCUGGAGUGCACCUGCCCCGCCCACACGUCUGGUACCUACUGUGAGAACGUUGAUGAUGAUGAUGAUGAUGAUGAUGAUGACCACAACACAGAGAAGGCUAAUGACAAUGACGUCACUCCUGAAGCAACUGUUAUCCCAGCAACACCCCUAGACAUCAGUCCACGCUUGGUUACCAGCACCUCUAUCCUGCUGGACCUACACCGUUACAUUGAGGCACGGCCCUACAUUCGUGGCAUUCGGCUCACAUACCGCAACUUGUCUGGCCCUGACCGCCGACCUAUGCACCUGAAUGUGCCAGCCACCUACCCAGAAUAUACACUGCGUGGCCUGCGCCCGAAUUCCACCUACACCGUAUGUGCCAGCCCACUGGGGGAGACCAUUGGCAAAGACAGCACAUGUGUAGAGGCGCACACACCGAGCCAGCUGGCUUCCACCACUGGAGCCCGUGUGGAAGAGCCUCAACUCACCACCAUGCUGGUACCAGCCCUCGCCAUCCUGCUACUCCUGGUCCUGAUCGCUGUUGCUGUGGGUGUGGCCUGCUACCUUCGCCAGAAGCGGGCCAAGGGCCACCUGGCUCUAGACUGUGAUCCAGCUCAGCUGGAGCUGGAGGGAGUAAAUGAGGGUGUGGAAAAUGGGGCGCUGCCACAAAAACAGGGUGAACCAGGCUCAGGCCCCCCCACCGUUCUGGGACUGAACGGGGGCCUGGAGUACGAGAUCCCCCUGAUGCAGGAACACUGUGCUGCCAACAACAACAUGGCCAUUCUUAAGCCCUCGUACUUCUGAUCCUUGACAGGCUCCGCUGGUGGUCACGCCUUUAGCUGGGUGAGGACAGCAUCCAUUCAGGGACCAGUUAGCCACGCACAUAAACAACCAUACAAAGAGGAAAAAGCAUAAAAGAAUAUGUACAUUUAGAUCGUUUCCUGUGCAAUACAGUGAAGAUAUGGAGGGUUAUUAGAAAUGGGAACAUUUAUCCUGUCCGCCCUCCAAUCAAACCUCUUCUGGGGUUUGUUUCUGUGAAUGUGUUGCUGUGCUGGCACUCUUUACGGAAAGAGAUGUCCCACACUGGCUUCAGCUCUAUAGCAGGGGUCACAUUUCACACUUCAACAGUAAGGCAAGGCAAGAAGUACAAGUGCCCUUGGGGAUGAGAGGAAAAUCACAUUCCUUUUGUGAUGCUAAUAAAUCCCUGAGUUCCUGCACUGAUAAGUACCUGUGAGUGGUGUGUAUGCCAUGGGGAUGCUUGGUUUGGAUUGAUCCCUGCCCUCACAACUGACUGAAUCUAUGAGGUAAGCAGUGUUCAGUUAUGUAGCAGUGCACAUUGCACCCCAGUGCUGCUCCAGUCGGGAGCAGUGCUACUCUCUGUGAACAACUAAAUCUCAAAAGUAAUGAAGAUGAGGAUUCCUGCACAGCCAUGAUGGCAGAUGCUUUUGAAGGCUGUGUCUGGCUCAAAGGCUAUGUGAAAUCAAAUGUGUGGUUUUUGUGUUUGUGUUUUGUGUUUUUACUGUUUGUACAUUUUGUAUUUGUUUUAGUUGUCUUUUUCUCUAGAUAAGGGACUGUAACCAGCCCCUUUCACCCUCACCCCAUACCUGGACCACAUGUGACUUUGCAGACAAAACAGCAGAUUAAGUUCUUUGAAGAUUAAAAAACAAGACUUGUAACACCAAGUCAAUCAAAGGAUUGUGAAUGACAGAUACUGAGAGGCUGUACAGGUUCGAAAAUAAAUCCCUUCUCUUUCCCUGGUCUUUGAGAACCCACACCGCCUUCUCCUUACACUCACAUGACCAGAUAGCCAGCAACAUUACAAAAGGCACAUGCUAAAGCAGUUGACUGAAAAACCCUAGUCUUUUUAUGUCUUUGUCCAAGCUGACACUAUUUUUUAAAUAGCUGACAGCUAUACAAGGCAGCUUGUAAAAGGCACAGAAAUAGAAACCUCCUCACUUUUAUCCAGCCAUUGCUUUAUUAACAGUGUAUGAUCCUUCAGCACCUCUGGUGCAAGAGCUUAUUUACCAUUAACUGUCUGUUUAGCCAUAAGACCCUGCUCAUUCCUCACCAACAAAGUGAUAUGGCAGGAACAGAUUCU